AUGGAAGACCCCUCUCACUUCACCAGUGACCUCCUCGAUUUAGACGGCAUCAACUCAUACCCUGACAGUCUUGAAGACGGUGUCAUUGUGGCACCAACAGAGCUUCUGUCUACGUCAAGCCAAAUGUACUCGACGAUGAACGCCUCCAUCCUCCCGAGCCCCCGUUCUUCCCUGGGUCAGUCUCCCGUGAUGCCUUUCCAGGACAUCUCAUACGGUGACCAAGUUUGCGACCCCAGUCUCCUCGCAAAUCAAGGAGCUAUGUCGACACGGAGCAAGGCUGCGGAGCCACUGACACCGACUUCCUUUGACACUCAUGCCACAUCUUCGGCACGAAAAUCUGCACCUGAGUCCUCAGAGCCUCCAAGGAAGAAAGCCCGCCAGAAACAGUCCAAGCCCGUCAAGCAAGAAUCGGAAGAUGAGGACGAAGAAGAAGAAGACGAGUCGACGGAAAAGCGCAAGAAGUUUCUUGAGAAGAAUCGAAUCGCAGCCAGCAAGUGUCGGGAGAAGAAGAAGAAAUGGGUGCAUGAACUGGAAUACAACAAGUCUCAUUUAGAGCGCCACAACAUGGAGCUCCGCUUGGAGCACCGUGGCCUGGUCAAUGAGCUCAACCAGACAAAAAGCAUGCUAAUGAGCCACGCGGACUGCAAUGAUCCCAACAUCAGCGAGUGGCUGAACAACCAAGCUAGAAGAAUCGUGCAGACUACUGGUCCCAGCAUGUUCUCGAUGGCCAAUCCACUCUCGGUCUAUCUGCCUCAAGGCCAACAUCGGAACAGCGGAAACGUCUCUGGAAGCACCAUGGUCGAUCUUGGCCCAUCCUCGCGCCGGGAGAGCACAUCCUAUUCUCAGGGCCAUUCUUCAAUCGAUACAACACCUCCAAUAGACCCUGCAUUGCCGAUGUCUUCUGUAUCGCCGAAGGUCAAGGAGGAAUCCUUGAUCAAUCUCGACCACAUGGGCUGGACUAACGAGUGA